UACAGAGCGUGCAAAACGCAUGAAUACUAUGCUCAAACUGAAAUAUAUGAGGAUUAUAACAUGGAUCCUGAAUUUGAUUAUUCACAAUUAGGCAGUACUAUUGAAUAUGAAGAAACUAGUUAUUCUUCUCAUACAAAAAUUGUUAUACAUAAAACAUUAGAUAAAAAAGUUAAAUGCGAUGAGGACCAGAUAUUAUUUUACCUGGCUAAACUACAAGUUAUUAAUCCAGAAAGUAUAUUAUUAAUUGCUUCAUACAAGGACAUUGAAUAUUUUUGUAGGAAAAUAGUUGAAAGUCUUGAUUCAAUUGAUAAUGUAAUGCAAGCAUGUACACCCUUGCCAGAAGAUCACUUAUAUAUGCAACUUAUAGCAGGAUUAAGAGUACUAAACAGUAAACUUUGUGUAUAUGAAAAUUAUCAGUCUAUAUUCAGAAAAUAUAUGAAAUGUUAUCAAGAACUCCAUGAUGAAUAUUUGGACUGUGUAGGACCAACAGAUUGGACAGAAAAUAUGGAAAUUCAUGACUUGUGCGACCAAUUUAAAGCUAUAUCUGAUUGUUACUAUACAUUAACUGCCGUGUUAUGUGGUAUCGAAGCUGCAAAAAUUCUUAAGGAACUCGUUGUACAAGUUAUAACUGCUGUUAUUUGGACUAACUGUCCCAAUGUAUACAAGGAUCCAGUUGUUUCAGAUCCUAUGCCAGACCUUAUGAAUUCCAAGUCAUCUUGUAAUACCUCUAUCAAUUUUAUAAUUGUAAUAAUAUUUAUAAAUAUAUUAUAAAUUAUAAUAUUAUUUUAUUUCUUUUGAAACAGUUAAAAAAUGUAG